AUGUUUUCCUUCAGCCGGAGACCGUCAACUGAGGCCAUCCACACACGUCUUGAAAUCGAGCUACAACUCGACAUGGUGACUAGUCGACGAUCCACCAAGACUGCGAUACUCCGGACAGGCGGUCCCAGCCUCGGCCAGAUCCCAUCAAAGGUCCAGGUCAUAGUACCAAAGCUUUCUUCUCCCCCGUCGGCCAGACAAUUAAUCAGCUCCCACCCCUUUCAUCUUUUCGCCACGAUACUUUCCGGCCAAUCAGAUGCAUCUCCACGGACCGGUAGACACGUCGCCCAACUGCAAGAUGCCCCCGAAUGUACUAAUUGCUCGGGCAGCUGGUGGGCCUGUGGAGACGGGGCGGCCAUCAAGUGCUGCCAAAAACAAGGAACCGUCACCAGCGAUACCCCCAAACUUGUGAGUGUGCAUAACAAUUCGCGGGGCUUUGUUGGCCCCACGCGAAUGCCGUUUGAUCCGGUCCACCGGAGACCCUUGUCUGUCUGCUUGUCAAAAGUCUGUAGCGAAAUGGCGAAGCAACAAGCGGUACGAUUAAUCAUUUUCAUCAGCCACCGCUGA